CACAUACAAACACAUAAAAUUGGUUAGAAUUUUUUGAGAAUCACAGUCAUCACAGUACUCUUUUUGUUAUUUUAUUUAUAAAACACUAGUAAUUUAAUAAGUUUUUGAGGUUAUGCGGAUCCAACCUCAAAGUCUGAAGUUGUCAAACAAGUCACAAGUCAUCAACCUCUUUUAAUCUUUACAUUUAAAUUAUCUUAAUAUAUUCGCACUAAAAUAGCAUGUAAACAAUGUGCGAAGUAGGGGAAAACAGUAGGAUUUUAUCUUCAACACCGUCGUCCACGACUUCGGGUUGUUUAUCAAAUGACGAAGGUUCAGAUGAUCGCCUCCUUCCAUCCAGUCUAGCAGCAGAAGAGUUGCAAUUGGCUUUAAACAAGGAAGCAACAGAGGAAGAGUUGAUAAAGGCUAUCACUCGAUGCAAGGAUUUGGUUUUGGAAAGCAAUCAGUGUUCAGUGGAACGCAAGUGGCUUGUGAGACAUCUUAUAGAACUGCGUUUGAGAUUACAAGAAUGUAGGGAGGCAAUGGAGGAUCCACAGCAUCCAAGAAAUAAAAGCAGCGGUGUAUCAAGAAGAACAGUGAGAGGACAUCAUUUGAACUUGCAGCCACUUCUGACUACUUCCACAAAAUAUUGCGAUCAUUGCACUGGCACAAUUUGGGGUUUGGUACAAGCUUGGUAUGAAUGUGAGGAUUGUGGUUAUGCAUGUCAUUAUAAAUGCAUAUCACAAUUAAUAAGAGAAUGUGCUCAUGUUGUUGCCAGCGAAAGGGGUGGAUAUGAGUUGGAAAUUUGUCCAGAAGAAGGUUUAUCAGCUCAAAAGUAUUCGUGUGCCGAAUGUCAGUCACUUCUUCCUAUAACUGCUCCAAAAGGAAUAAGCUGUCUUGGUAGAUUACUUUUUCCAGACAAAGACUGGACCGAAGCUCGGAAAUGCGACUACUCUGGUCUAUAUUACUGCACUGCAUGCCACUGGGGAAGUUCUGCUGUGGUUCCAGCCCGCGUGGUGCACAACUGGGACUUCACUCCCCAGUCAGUCUGUCAGGCAAGUUUGCAGCAACUCCGGGUAACAGCAAAUCGGCCGCUUAUAAAUUUAGAAAAAUUAAAUGUACGAUUAUUUUCUCUCGUUCAUGAACUCAGUUUAGUCCGACGUUUGCGACAAGAAUUACACGGAAUGAGGAAAUAUCUCUCAGUUUGUCGAAACGCUAAUGAAGACCAUUUGUUAUGGAAACACGUGGAUGUGCCACAUUUAAUUGAAACACCAGAACUGUACAGUUUGCAGGACUUGGUUGAUACACAUUCAGGGGAGUUACCCUCGAAACUUCACACAAUCAUCGAUGUGUUUAGUAAACAUAUCAAGGUGAAUUGUGAGGUUUGUCGAGGGAGAGGACAUUUGUGUGAGAUUUGCUCAAAUGAUGAAGUUUUGUUUCCUUUUGAUGGCGCUGCUGUGAUUUGCUCUGAAUGUAAUGCCGUCUUGCAUAAGAGCUGUUUUGGCAGGAAGAAUAUAUGUCCAAAGUGUGUUCGGUUGCAACAACGGAAGGAGCAGCAAUUAAAUGAUCAGAGUGAAGAAUGACUGUGAUAUGCGUUUUUUUUUUCUCUUAUGCUAAAUUUAACUUGUGUAUUGAACCGGAAAACAUACAAGAGAUAACACUAUCAGUAUAAAAAUUGUACUUACGUUUAUUUGAAGCUUUUGUAUGUAUGUAUUUUAAUAAUAAAUUAUUGUUAAUUAUUAGCUCUUGUAAUCUGUGCAUUAUUAAGUAGUUAUUUGAUUAAAAAUAAUGAGGUUUAUGGUAUUCAAACAACAUUGUCGCCCUCGAAAUUACAAGCCUUGAUGUUCCGAAAAGUGCCUGGGAUCCGGUCAAAUUAAACUGCAAAUAUGAUUUAUUAGAAGGCGAGACUUUAUAUGGUGUGAAAUGGUAC